AUGGUGUCUUUCUCGUGCUGUCUGGCGGCCAACCCGGUCGCCGCGAUGGUCGCGUCGGGUUGCUGGGGACGAUGUGUAGGCAAGGAGAAGGCGACCUCGCGCGAGCGAUCGCGUCACCAGGGGAGGGCGCUGCACCACUGCACAUGCUCCCGGCGGUCUGGUAGUGCAGGCGUCGCGCUGCAGAGUGCCUCCUCGUCGGUGGGUGUCGAAAGCUGCGGCGCGGACGCGGAAGCCAGGGAGAAGGGGGGGCUGGCGCUGGGCGCCGGACGCUCGGGCGCGUCGUCGCCGCUGUCCGACUGCGGGCGCAGAUCUACGUUCGUUGAGAUCGUGCCGCUGUGUGACCCCGAAGAGGGCGGCGAGCAGCUCGACGCGUCCUCUCUCGCGCGCGGAAGCGACGGAGACUCGCAAGUGGGGCGGACAGCGGGAGGCGUCGACGAGCGCGACGCGGAGAAAAAGCGACGCAGACGCAAGAAGGGCCUUCACCACAUCGCCGGGGCCCGCAGCUUGUGCCCGACUUGCGGAGGACUCAUGCCGCUGGAAGGUGAAACGAUGGUCCUGGUGCCGCCUGAGGCUGAGGAGGGCAGCGACAUCAGCAGUGAAAGUUCGGCGAUGGAUCCGCGGCCCAAGACCUGCCGGGAGCGCACCAGGGAUCAGCUCGAGUACAUCAACCCGGUGAACAUUUUCCGCUUCGCCGGUCGCGUGCGUCGCCACGUGGGCACGCCGUUCUUUCUUCUGCUUCUCUCGGUCUUUGGAGGCAUCCGCGGAAUCUUGUACGGACUCACGCAUCGCUCGCUGCUGCCCUAUCUGAAGAGCGUAGGACAGGACGCAGGGACUUACCAGGGCAUCGACGCGCUCGGGACGGUCAUCUGGGGCAUGAUGGGUGUCGUGGGCACGAUUAGCGACUCCGUUCCACUGGGCGGCUACCACAAGCGGUACUACAUGUUAAUCGCGAACGUCGUUGGAGUCUGUGGCGUGAGUUUGCUCGCGUUUGUCCCCGCCAAUGUCGUGUCGACGAACGUCUGGAUCGUUGGUUUAGGCGUGUUCCUGGUGUGUUCGCAAAUGAGUACGCUCGUGCUCAUGUGUUCGGGCAAGUACAGCGAACUGAUGGAGCAGAAUCGUGAAGUGAAGGGAGACAUUGUGACUUUUGUGUUUAUGUGCUGGAUGAUUGGCAACCUCAUUGGCACGUCGAUCGUGGGACCUAUCUCCGACGCAGUCGGGACGCAGUCGCUCUACUACCUCGCUUUGCCUGUCGCCGCCCAGUCGUUCAUUCCCAUCUUCUUGGGUUUCCUGCCCGAAGCGAAGGUGCCUUUCCAGAUUCUGACGACGAAGCUGUGGAACCACAAGUGGUUCCUCUUCCUGGCGAUUGCGAUUGGCGUCAGCGCGACGGGUGUCGUCAUCAUCACCAUCGCGUUCCCUGGAGAGAGUUUAGUCAUGAUUCCGUACUGUUGCCUUGUUUCCGUAUUGUUGAUUGUCCUCUGCUUGGUCUGUCUCCCUCCGGAACUGGCCAAGUGUAACUUGUAUCUCUUCCUGUGGGGUCUUGUCAACGUGUCGAUUUCGGGCGCACUCGAUUUCUUCUACACAGCCAGUCCGACGUGUAUCCCCGACGGGCCGCACUUUGACUACACCUACUACGCGACAUACAUCUCAGUUGUUGGGACACUAGCGAACUGGGCUGGCAUUUGGGUGUUUCACUCGUUCCUUGCGGACUGGACAUUCCGCCACGUGUUUUGGUUGUCGAUCGCGGUGCGAGCGGCCGCGUCGCUCUUUGAUUACAUCCUCGUCCUCCGCCUCAACGUCUACGUCGGCAUCCCGGACAAAUUCAUGUACCUCUUUGGAGACGCCAUCAUCCUGAACCUCGUCAACACACUAAACCACAUGCCCGGCUACAUCCUCACCUCUCGACUCUGCCCCAAGGGCAUGGAGAGCACGGCCUACGCCGUGAUGGAUGGAAUGUCGCACAUGGGUUGGAACUUUUCGAAGCAGUUUGGUAUCUUCGCCACCAGCGUUGCCAACAUCUCCACCGGCGAGCACAUGCCCGGCGGCUGCGACUUCCGGAACCUCGGCAACUUGACUCUCAUCACCCAGGUCGCACUGCCGCUCUUCGCGAUUCCGCUAUCCUUCCUCCUCCUCCCGAACUCGCCAAUGUCUUCUCGCAUCCAGCACGACUUUGGGCUCUUCGAUGAAAAGGAAGAAAAGGAACUCGAGCUCGAAGACAUCAGCGAGGGCAGCACCAAAUGCGGCGUGAUCAAAAGGUGGAACAGCACCAACACCAGCGUCGGCGAGACUGUGAACUCGCUGCCGGGUUUAUGUACACCAGGUGCGACGAGCGCAUGUGCAAGUGAGAACGGCGACGGGGAUUGCCAGGACCUCGACGGCGAAGUGUUUGUCAACUUGCCCAGUGAACGCUGGGCGGAGGCAGACGACGUCGAAAUGCCUCGCACGCGGCGCGGCUCUGCCCACGACAGGCGAGUGCGCGUGGCGCCCAUGGAAAGCGAAGAUGUCGAUCUCAGUGGCGAGUCAGAUGUCGAGUCCGUCGGCUGGGGCGCCGCGGCGGAUGCCGCCGCGCCUCCGACAAAUGCGACGCCGGGACUUCUUUCGCCCCUCCCUACUGCGCGUCCGGCUGGGAGUCCCUCUGCAAGCUGCGACGACGCGAAGUCGCUGUCUGAGAGCGAAAAGUAUGGGCCUGCUUCCAGUUCCCAGGAGAGUGUCCUCGAAGUCUUCCACCCUGAGACAACGACAGAGCGCGAUUCGCCGCGAACAAACCUCAGCACGCCGGAGCACUGCGCGCAGCUGUCCUUCGAUGCUGGUGAAGAACGAGCGGUGGGGGUAGUGCCUGCGGCUCCAGGGCGCGGUGCCGGCUGCGUCCUGGUCAAGGAGGAGAUUCUGGAUUUCGCCUGCGAUCCGGAGUUGCAGCGCCUUCAAAAAUAG